UAUUUUACAUCUAAGUUUUAUAUGCUUUAUUGCAAUAAUAAAAAUACAAAAUAUUAAAUAGUAGUUCCACCUAUUCCGAAAGAAUCUUUUUGGGUGAGUGACAAAAACCCAACACGAAUCAUACUUUACAAAUCAGAGCUCAUAAAUUGCCUCUCAUAACCCAAACAUAAAUAUAUUAAAAAUGAAAAAAAUAAAACCAAAAUAGGAUUUAAAACAAUUAAAUAGUAAUGUACUAAAAAAAAGGUACUCGUACGUAAACCCUCCUAUGUCUCCCUAUUUAAACCCUAAUACCCUAUAAGACUUCAACACCAAAUCCUUAAGCUUCUUCUUCUUCUUUUUUCCACUUUUUUUUUUUUGCUUCAUCGGAAGUAUUAACAAUGUCAAAGAGCAAAGUCAUAGCUUCAAUGGAGUUUCAAUCGACGGUGGUAACCACCGUAGACUGCCAGAAACAAGUCAGGUCAUGGCGUCUCCUCCGCUCAUUCAUUCAGCUUCUAAUCCCAACUUGCAACUGCACAUUAGUCCAAGAACUCGAACAAGAUAACACUAACUUGAGAGGAAAGAACCUCUACAACGACAUCAAAUCACGCACGUCUUCUUUUCGUUCCUCUUCAUCCCUUUCUUCGUCGACUGUCACUGGAACAAUCUUCGGAUACCGCAAAGGAAAGAUCAAUUUCUGUAUCCAAACACCAAGAAAAUCAACAAACCUCGAUCUUCUCCUCGAGCUAGCAGUUCCAACGACGGUUUUAGCUCGAGAAAUGAGAGAAGGCGCGUUGCGUAUAGUGUUAGAACGUAACAACGAAAAAGAAGACGACGACUCUAUUUUGUCAAAGCCAUUUUGGAACAUGUAUUGCAACGGAAAAAGAGUUGGGUAUGCGAGAAAACGCAGUCCGUCUCAAGAUGACAUGACGGCGUUGACCGCUCUGAGUAAAGUGAUGGUUGGAGCCGGCGUUGUGACUGGGAAAGAACUUGGCCGGUUCGAUGAUGAAUUGAUGUAUUUGAGAGCUAGUUUCAGACGAGUGAAUGGUUCGAAAGAAUCUGAAUCUUUCCAUUUGAUUGAUCCAGCUGGGAAUAUCGGACAAGAACUCAGUAUCUUCAUCGUCCCAUCAUCGGUCUGAGUUAAUUACCGCUGGAGUGAUCGUACAUAAGAGUUCUGUUUUCAAGUUUCUUCCCUUUUUUUUUUUCUUUGGUCUAGAGAAAAGAACUUGUUUUUGAGUCGUGCUUAAAGCUAUUGGCUUUAGCUCUGGCUUUGUAUGUAAUCUACAUCAUACCAAUUCGAUAGUCCAUUGAUUCGAGUUUAAGUGUUUAUCUUGUUGCUAUCAUUUCUGUACUACAUAAAUAAUGGUCUCGUCUUUAAAAAAACUGCUUAUCAAGAGAC